AUGAAGAGGUCGAGCACGAUCGUGCUGGGUCCCAAGCCCACUAAGGCUUGUGUGAACUGUCGUAGAGUAAAGAUGCGAUGUGAGGUAGAUGGAGCUCCUCCAUGUCGUCGUUGUCGGCAAACAGACUCUGCCUGUGUGUUCAAACCAAGAGCAAAUGCGGCUGCCGUACACGAAGUACCCGAACCAGCUCAGAGCGGUACUUUCUAUGCUUCCCACGUCCAGGAUCCCCGAUCAAUCCUCAGUCGCCUGGAUAGAAUCGAAGCAGUCCUUGGAAUUGGGAAAAACAAGCCGGCAACAACAUCACUCAACUUUGACUCGGAUUCAGAGCAAGAAUCAGAAGGUGUCUCCUUCCACGGCCUCUGGAAGGCUGUUCGACGUUUGAGAACCAUCACUCAACCCCCUCAACCAGAUGAUAUCUGGUCUCAUUCCAUCGUUAAGACUCUCUGGCGCUCGUUUUUCGAAAACCUGCCUCUUCUUCACUUCCUUUCAGACCAACGGGCUUUUGCAUCACCGACACCAUUACUUCUCGCCUCCAUCCUCUACAUCUCUGCUCUUCAUCAUCCAUCAGCUGAAUUUGCUUCACUAGCAACGGGCUACUUUGCAGCUACCUGCAGUGCGAUUUCCGAGUUAUCUACUCCCUUAUUGAUACCUAAUCCCUCUGAUAGCAAGGCCAAGAAAGCAGAACACGGUCUAUCAGCCUCUCCUAAUGAACAGAAACAUUUUCAUAACAUCCUUGGCCUCAUUAUGGCCAGUCUGAGUUCUGAGGGAUAUAUUGAGACUACGGGUACUUGGAUCGCAAUUGCCUACCGGCUUCUCCUCGACCACUGUCGAGCAGAUACCGAUGAUGCGACUCGUGAUUGGCGCGGUCUCUUUUCAGGUCUACAAGUUAUCGACGUUGAGCAUGCUUCCAUGCACCUGUGUUACCCUCUCCUUCCAAGUCAACCCCCUUCUCCGGCACUGCAACAUAUGAACAGUUACCAAGGAAAUGCAUUCCGUGGCCUGGCUCAAAUGAUGCAUCAGGGUCUCAGUCAUUUUGUUGGUCGGGGACUCCCUACUAUAUGGUCCUUUCUAAGUACGAUAGAGUCUGAUUUUGCCCCCACCGGUCACACACCUUUCACAGAACAUGACUCGCAGGUAAUGCGACUCUGGGCAAAGGGGCUGGACAACUGGCUAAUUCGCUACAAUGGGGCAUCCCAGCCGUCCCCGUCUGACAGACAAGGAAUACUUAUUCUCUUGCAAUAUCAUCUUCAUAAGCUCUAUGUUCUGUCGAUCUAUCAUCCGGCUCGAGGAUUCGACCUUGGGACUGCGAACAUCAGCUCAGUCGAAAGACAAGAACUUCUCGUUUCAGCACGUGCCGUCUUGCGACUUAGGCAGGAUGAAGCCAGUAUAUGGUCCAACUGGGAUCUCGUGAUGAUAACAUGGGCCGCAAUUCUACUACUGCGAGGUGUAGAAGACGGCUUAACACGUCAAGACGAUCUCCUCCUUAUUCAAGCCCACCUAAACAGCCUAGGAAGAAAUCCCCAACCCGCGCAAAGUAUUCACAGCAUCCUCUCCACCCGUCUAGAAUCCGCUAUACAGAGCAUCCACACCCCUCCCGCUACGGGACCAGAUUUCGCUUUUCCCUCUCCCAGAGCAGACUAUUCAUGGACCAUCUUCGACCAAGAAAUCAUGUCCCUCGCCAACCCACCGUGGCUGUUCGAGGACAUUCUUCCCCAAACCGCAGAGCAGGUCGGUGAGUUAUCACGACCAUCACGUUCCCAGAGCGGGUUCCCAGGACAUUACGAUGCUGCCUCUGGUUCUGGCUCAGGUUCGGGUUCAGGUCUGCUCAUGGAGGCGGAUUCUCACGAUUUCGACACCAGUAGGCACUGGCCGGCGCCGGACGUGUGGCCUUCGACUUUGAAUAGAUUAUUUGGUCGGGAUACGCCGAUGGAGGGGAAUAAUAGUGGACCGACUUGA